GUCUAAAAUUUAAAAGAAAAGUCGAUAGAGCUCGGUUUUUGUGAGAUAUUUCUGGUGGUAUAGAAGACAUUUAUAAUGAAAAUUCCCUUCAUUUUUGACAGAAAUUAUUAUUAUACUCGGUUAAUUUUAAUUUAAGAACGUUCCCGGCAUCGUUUUUGUUACUAUGGAAACGAUAAUUCACAAAUACGCUAGGAAGACAAGCAAGUGAGCUGCAUAUCAAACAACAAAACAAACCAAGACUGAGAAGCUAGCUGGAAAUGGAGGAGCGCUUUGCCUUUCUGACUGAGUGGUACGACCCCAGUGCUGCUCUCCUACGCCGCUACCAGCUCCUGUACUACCCUAAAGAUGGCUCUGUGGAGAUGUUUGAUGUGAAGAACCAGCGGACCUUUUUGAGAAGGACCAAAUAUGAUGACCUCCAUCCAGAGGAUCUGUUUGUGGGGAACCGUGUUAUUGUCUUUUCUCGGCAACUCAACCUCAUUGACUACGGAGACCAGUACACAGCCAACAAACUGGGCAGCAAGAAAGAGAGGACAUUGGCUAUGAUUAAGCCAGAUGCAGUGACCAAAGUGGGCAGCAUUAUUCAGAUGGUUUAUGAUGCUGGCCUUAUUCUCACCAAAGCCAAAAUGACCAAGCUAACUGGGAAGCAGGCAGCGGACUUUUACAUGGAACAUCAGUCAAAGUCUUUUUUCAAUAACCUGGUGCAGUUUGUGAGCUCUGGGCCUAUAAUUGUCAUGGAGCUGAUGGGAGACGAGGCUGUGUCUGUAUGGCGGAAAGUUCUGGGUCCUACUGACUCUGGCGUGGCACGCAAAGACGCUCCAGCCAGCCUCCGUGCCCAGUUUGGAACAGAUGGCACCAAAAACGCAGGGCAUGGGUCAGACUCAUUGGCAUCGGCAGCACGGGAGUUGGAGUUCUUCUUUCCUUCAACUGCAGGUCAUGGCCCUACCAAUACAGCCAAAUACCAAGACUCUACCUGUUGCAUCAUCAAACCACAUGCUAUCUCGGAGGCUCUGACCGGAAAGAUCCUCAGCUCAAUCACAGAAGCUGGAUUUGAGAUCUCUGCAUUACAAAUGUUCAACAUGGAUCGUGCAAAUACAGAGGAGUUUCUUGAAGUCUAUAAAGGCGUAGUCUCGGAGUACACAAGCAUGGUGGCCGAGCUGUGUUCUGGACCCUGCAUGGCCCUUGAGAUUCACAGUACAGAUGCACCCAGAAAGUUCAGAGAAUUCUGCGGUCCAGCCGACCCAAAAGGCCCACCCACGACCACCUGUCCCAUAGUGCAGUGCUGAAUGCUAACUCUUGUCAGACCUGUGUGAUGUUAAUAGCUGCUUUGUCCAGACCAUUGAAAUUCCAACUUGAAACAGGACCAUGAAGGAAGAUUUUAAUUUAAUCAAAUAUGAAAUAAUUUUCUUUUUAUAGGCGUUUUAUGCUGAACUCCUUUAGCUUUUUUACCUGAACUUUUUACCUGAACUGUACCUAGGUGCUUUAAAUAACAUGAGCUGCAACUGUAAGUUACACCUUACAUUUCAAAGUCAGUCAUCCUAAGUAAAAGGCUGCUUUGUAUCCUGUAUCGUCUCGGUGAACCGCACACUGCUCAGGGUUUCCGAUUCUUUGUCAGUCAGCCAAUUCAGGUGUGUAGCAAAAGAGCGUUUCAGCGCACAGGUCCUUGUUGACCUUUGUUCCACCUGUGUUGAAUUUGUUGCCAAGGUGCAGGUGGUGUACAUUUGUAAUGCUGCCAGUGCUGUUGGAUUAACAAUGCAUGUGCGUCCUUGAAACUGUCUCUCAUAUGGUUAAAGAGGUCUGAUGAUUCAUUGGACUUUGACAAGAUCACUGAUCUGCUUCCUCUUUUCUUAUAAUAUAAAAUAAUAAAUAUCUGGUAGUGGGUCUUGUUUAAAAAAACCAAAAGACUUUCUGUGAAACUUUGAAGGGUAUGCUUGUUAAUAUUUAGUAGACGCACUUAGCACAUUUUGCAUGCCGUCUACUCAUUUUAGGCCACAGUAACUUUGUGUAAUGAUUAUUUCAUUUAACACUCGUUUGUACACCGUUGACUAACAAUGGCUUGAAGGUUAUAAUCACAGUCAGUAUUUAGAUGUCACUUGCUAUUGUUGUAGUCUGGACUGUACACUGUAGGCAAUAAUAUGGUAUUUCCUGUCUGAAUAAGGCCAGCACAUAACGAUGAUAUUAACAGAAAGUCCCAGAUUACUGAUUAGUCAUUGUGUCAUUAUCAGAUCACUGAUUCAUCCAACAUUAGCUCAAAUGAAGUUCAACAAUUUUGAAGCUGAAAAAACAGAAAAUUAAUAGUACUGGCAGUACCUGUUUACUAUGGUAGUUGCACUCAUAACAACUUUUAAAUCAGUGUGUGCUUAUUGUGCAACUAAAGUUU